ACAAUAAAGCUUCUAUUUAUUAUUGACAAUGAACGUGGACAAAGUAGAAAGUUUCUAUCCUAAGAGACCUUCUAUCAAAAUUCAAAACAAAUUCUUGACAAAGAAAGGUUUACAGAUUGUAGGACAUCUUGGAAAUGGCUCAUUUUCUACCGUAAAAAAAGUAUACUGUAGUAAUGCCAAUUGUUACAUGGCGGUUAAAAUAAUGUUUAAGGAUGGAAGUAUACCAAGGAAAUUCCUAAAAAGCGAACUUAAAAUUAUUAAAACAGUUCGACAUCAGAACAUCAUCAAAUUUCACAAAUCUAUCGAGACUUCUAAACAUAUUUACAUACUUAUGGAUUUCGCCGAACAAGGUGACUUAUUACAAUUGAUUCAGAAGGAAAAAGGUGUGGAUGAAGAAAGAGCAUGCAGAUGGUUUCAUCAAUUAGUAGACGGAGUCGAAUACUGUCAUAAAAAUGGUAUUGCCCAUAGAGAUUUGAAAUGCGAGAAUCUUUUACUGAACAAAAAUUUUGUAUUGAAGAUCACAGAUUUUGGACUUGCCAAAGGAGAUCUUCUCAUUUGGCCGUGGGAUCAAUCUGAUUUUUCAAACAUUCAAUGUUUCACGUUUUGUGGGGAUCACGCUUACGCUUCUUUGGAGAUUUUGGCAGGAAAACAUUAUCAGCCAUAUUUAUCAGAUAUUUGGAGUAUGGCCAUCAUUCUGUAUGUCAUGUUAUACGCUCGUUUCCCCUUCGAUCCGUCCGAUAAGAAGAAGUAUAUGAUCAUGGUAACGGCAGAACUCAGAUUUCCUGAAGAUCCAAAAAUUUCAAGUUCUUGUAAGGAUUUAAUUAAGAACAUCUUACAACCCGAAAGCAAACGCAUAUACAUCCCUGAUAUCAAAAAGAAUCAAUGGUAUCGCAACACGUACAACAAGAAAUGGGAAGAAGAAGUGCAGAAAAUGAGACGUUUGUCAGAAGAUUCCGAAAAAUCCAAAAUUCCAGUUUCUAAGAAGACUUCUUUGCCACAAGUUUUUAAUUAAAUCAAAUCUACUUCGUGCUAAUGUAUUAAAAUAUAAACAAUAGUCAAUUAAAAGAAUAAAA